AUGAAAGGUAAAGGAAAGAGUAAUAAUACAUCAUCACAAAAAUAUAGGCAUAGAUUAAAUUUAAAUAGUAGUAGUAGUGAUGACCUUGGAUCAAUUCAAGAUGAUUAUGAUGAUAGUUACAAUGAUGAUGUAGAUAGUAGAUUAAUACAUAAUAAUAGUAGUAAUAGUAUUAAUAGUAAUAAUAGUAAUAAUAGUAGUAAUAAUGGUAAUAGUAAUCAUACCAGUAAUAAUAAUAGAAAACCUUAUAAAUAUGAAGAUAUUAGUGGAAAGAAUAAACCAAGAUGGGAUAGAUUUAUGGUUUGGUUAAGAUCGACAUUAUACUUUAUGAAACAUGUAGCUAUUCAUACGGUCAAUAAUAAUCGUCGAAACAAGUUGUCCUACUUUCUUGGUUUCUCUGCUUGCUUUUUGGUGGUGUUUGUCGUGUCGUUGUGCGUAUCCAUUAUAUCCAACACGCCCGUUGUCUUUCUCAAUCUCUCUGAAGUGAGUGUUGGUGAGAUGGACAUGGUGCUGUCGAGCAACAGUGGCUCGUCGGCACAGACAUCACUCAACUACACACUCGCAUCGUCACUAUUGCAAGACGACUCGAGUGACACUUACCACAGCCCGCGUAUUCUAGCGUCGUCAGUCACCGUUGUAUCUGGUAUCUGUGGUUACAACGAUCCCAACAAUCUUGGAUGGAAGUAUGGUGUACAACCAGAUGGCACUAAAAUGGAUUGUAUACCAAACUGUUUCACCGACGUAUGUUUGAGUGCACCUGCCAAUUUUGGUGAUCUCUAUGUCAUUGAUACCAAACGAGAGGAUCGUAUGGGACUGGGUAGAGCGUGGACUAUGCCAUCCGUCCCAUAUGGUCAAGUAUACCUCCAAAGUGAUUUGGCGUCUAGUAUCCAUGUCGCCAAGGGUGACUCUGUCUACAUUGAACUCAAUGUUCAAAGUAUGAUAUCUAAUCUCUUUUGGAAUGCCAAUCUCACCAUGUUUAUGGUCAAUGGAACCUAUCCACCAAUCAUCUUGACCAUGAAGGUUGCCGAUACAUUCUCGAGUGGUGGUGGUAAAUUUGGUAAAGAUGAAUCAACUGCAAUAAUCAUCGAAUAUGAUCAAUUCUUACCAUUCAUCUAUACUCAAUUAAAUCCUUUAUAUCCUCAAUCUUCUUUUUCAUAUAUAAAUUCAUCAAAUCUUUAUGAUUAUGCAGAUAAUAUAGUAGUUAAUUUACCACCAUCAAGAUUAGAACCAUAUAUUAAUAGUAAUCAAGAUACUAUAUUACAAAAUUUGAUAAAGUUUUCAUCAAAGAUUCUUUACAAACUUGGAUUCAAUGAAAUCAGUUCACAACUACCAGUCAUGAAGGAAUUGUCAAAGAAUAGAUAUGUUGCAUUGUUCCUUGGUCUCAUUCUCAAUGUCAUCAUCUUUAUCCUAUUGUUCCUCUCCAUUUUGCUUAUUUACUCGUUAUUAAUGAUCGAUGUAGAGACUAGAACCUUUGAAAUGGGUGUCAUGAGAAUGAUUGGUACGACACGAAAUGGAAUCAUUCAGUUGAUGCUGUGCAAGGCAUUUUCAUAUAGUUUGCCAUCAUGGGUAUUUGGUUUGCUGUUUGCUCAGUUGUUUGGUGUGGUCGUGUCCAAGUGGUUUGCAUCGAUUACCGGUGUACCCAUCCCACCACGUCUCACUACCGAGGGUGUGUUGUUGGCUACAUUACUCGGGAUGAUUAUCCCUAUCGCUGCAUCCAUCUUCCCCAUCAAGAAUGCACUUGGAAAGAAUCUACACGACUCUCUCGACUCUAAACACUCCAAAACUAUGGCCGUACAAAUUUCGAUUGAAAGAUCUGAAGACAACAGCUUUUCAACCUCAGUCGCUGUCAUUGGUCUUAUUCUGGCUGUGUUUGGUUUUGGUAUCUACUAUAUCUUCCCGUUGUCCCUACUUUCGUUUAAUUUGACCUUGCUUCUCAACAUGUUCUUUUUACUGCUCAUUAGUAUGUUGCUCGGGCUUGUGUUGCUGGCACUCAAUGUCGAGCAUCUACUCGAACGUCUCAUCGUGUUUGCAUUUUUGUUUUGGGAGAAGAAGGCAAUUCCAGCAAUCGUACGUAAGAACUUGGUCGCUCACAAACUGCGUAAUAGAAAGACGGCCAUCAUGUAUGCCGUAUCGCUGGCAUUUAUCAUCUUUGUCAACGUGUCCUACUCGACGCAACAAGCAUCUCUCAACUACCAAGUGUUGCAACGUAGUGGGUCGUACCUGCGUGUCAACGGGCGUGCCAACUUUAGCCCGUCCGAUGCCCAGGGGCUCGAGAACUUUGUCAGGGGGCUCGGCGACAGCGUCGAGUCGUUCUCGUGGAUCAGCUCAUCAUUCCCCACAUUUGCUGGUGUGUCAUGGUCGCCUGUAGUCAUCUCUACAGUCGGUCACAUCUACUGGGACACGAACCAUGUGUAUGCCAUCUCUCCCAACUACUUUGAGACUGGUCUCAGUCAAUUCCUCAAAGUGGGUGAUGUGUCAAGCGACCCCGACUACACACUCGACCCACUCAACCUCGGUCUCUCACAACAAAUGUACAGUACCAAGUCAUCCAACGGUCUGCUCAUUGGAGCUCUCUACCAAUCCUGGUUUGAUGCACAGGUUGAUGCCAACAUCCUCUUCAAGACAACCAUCCCUGCAUCCUACGCAACUCGCACUGCUAUCCCCGGGUCACCAAACAUUACCACCAGUCUUGCACACCCAAUCGCCAUGAUAAAGUCUGCUCCCGGACUUGGAUUCUCCGAGUUCCCCUCUGUCACUAACCAAGACGCUGCCAUCUCCAUUCCAUCGGCCGUAGCAUUUGCCAUCCGCGGUGGAGCACCCAUCGACUCUGUCCGUAACAUGAUGACAGCCUCUUUACUCAUCAAAGCCAGAGAUGGUGACACAUCGAAUGUCCGAUCCCAACUAGAAACCUAUAUCUCAACCAUGACAGCGUCUGCUUCACUUUUUGAUUAUGACAAGGAGAUUGCACCCAACAAGACAGCAUCUGACAUUAUCCAAUACUUUUUCAGUUUCACCACCGUCAUUGCCAUGGUUAUCUCAUUCUUUUCGCUCAUGUCAUCCAUGUUUACCAACAUCUAUGAACAAACCAAAGAGAUUGGUGUACUUCGGGCCAUUGGUAUACCCAAGUCUUGGAUGGUCCGCAUCUAUAUCUACGAAUCGUUUGUACUAGUCUUUUCCAGUUCCCUCCUCGGUGUCUUUAUUGGAUCACUCGUCGGAUGGACCAUGAUUCUCCAAAGAGUACUCUUUACCCAACUUCCCAUUCCAUUCAUAUUCCCUUGGGUCCUUCUCAUCGUAAUAUUUAUUUGUUCUGUAAUAUUUUCAUUCAUCUCUGCUUUUGGUCCAAUUAGAAAGGUAUUAAAUCAACAAGUUGUUGUUAUUAUGAGACUUGUCUCCUAA